AAGAUCCUGUUCUUUCAGGAGGUUCGGGAACAAUCACGAUUGGCUCAGAAGUGGGGAUUUGAUGAAAGCACGAUUGAAGUACUUGGCAAGAAUGAAUUCUUCAUGCCUGGAAUGGUUGAUACCCACAUCCACGCACCCCAGUACUCAUUCAUUGGAACAGGAAUGGAAAGACCACUUUUGGAAUGGUUGAAGCAUACUACAUUCCCAAUUGAAGAUACAUAUGCAAACUUGGAGACUGCUAGUAACGUGUACAACUCAGUUGUUAAAAGAACACUUAAGAAUGGCACAACAACAGCUUGCUACUUUGCAACAAUUCACACUGAUGCUUCUAUUGUAUUGGCUGACAUUGCUAGUCAAUAUGGUCAGAGAGCAUUUAUUGGGAAAGUUUGCAUGGAUAGCAAUAACACAUACCCCAAAUAUAAAGAAACCACUGAAGAGUCUAUAAGGGAAACCAAAAGAUUUGUUGAAGUCAUGAAAAUGAAAAAAUAUGACAGAGUAAAACCCAUUGUAACUCCCAGGUUCGCAGUAACCUGCAGUGAAAAGUUGCUGAAUGAACUUGGCACAUUAGCUGAGGAGCACCAGCUGCAUAUACAGAGCCAUAUCAGUGAGUCUAUUGCAGAGAUUGAAGAGGUGUUAAACCGAUUUCCAGGCUACAAGAACUACACUGAUGUAUAUAACAGAAAUAAGCUUCUAACAGACAAAACAGUAAUGGCACAUGGCUGCUACCUCUCCAAUGAAGAGCUACUUGUUUUCAGAGAAAAAGGGGCUGCAAUAUCACAUUGCCCAAAUUCAAACAUUUCCCUUUGCAGUGGCCAUCUUGAUGUCCAAAACAUUUUAAAGCAUAAGGUUAAACUGGGACUUGGGACUGAUGUUGCUGGAGGAUAUGCUAUAUCCCUGCUUGAUGCCAUCCGAAAAGCAAUAGAAACUUCCAAAAUUCUUUUCAUGGAGAGGCAAAAGGGACAGAAGGAAAACAAUGCGAUAGACACAUUCCAGAAAGGGAAGAUGGACACAAAUUGGAUCAACUCAAAUGGCAAAAAUAGCAUAAUGGAAAUGGCAGCUAAUCAUGUUUUAAAUAUUAAAGAGGCAUUCCGACUUGCCACUCUUGGUGGAAGUGAAGCUUUGAGUAUUGACCACAUAACUGGAAACUUUGAAGUUGGCAAGGAAUUUGAUGCAUUGCUAAUUGACUCUGAAGCUAUAGAGAGUCCCUUUGAAGUAUUUUCUGAUAUCCCUGUAGAGGAAAUGAUCCAGAGAUUCCUCUAUCUAGGUGAUGACAGGAACAUCAAGGCUGUUUAU